UUCCAAUAUACUUGUUAACUCUCCGGAAAUCGCCGUCUGAUUGUUAUAUAUCCCUGACCACAGCUAAGCGGAAACAGUUUCCAUCAGGCACCAGCUUUUCGUGCAUACAAAUUUCGCCAUCGCAUUCUUUAUUAUAUUAACCCUUUCAGCCCUGCUGCUUUUCGUUUGUUUCCUUCCCGGGCCUAGAACGAUAAUUUUCUUUCUCAAAGUUUAAAAGAUCGGGUCAAUUCUCCACCCAGUGGGCUUAGUUUCGAUAUUUAUAUACUCGAUUACAUUACCCUGUACACCGCUCGUCUCGGGGCUAUUCGCUUAUCACUUUAUAAGCGAUCGCUUAUCAGCAUCCUUUAGGACUUUGAUGUGGACGGAUCAACAUCGCGAUUGACUAGGAAGUCGGUCGUGACCUCGACAUUGAUCGUCAUUUCAACAACUAAGCAGUGCUAUACUGCUCAUCAAUUAUAAUGGCCCCGUUCGGCGAGACCGUUGCCGUGAUUGAUAAGUCCGGCAAGGUAGUGAGUACGAGUAAACAAUUGUUUGGUGUUUUCAGUCAUGCCAAGAAUGCAUAUAGCGCCCGCAAGGCCCAGUUCCAAUCUGAGCGGAAUGCUAUCAUCGCCGAAAGAGAAGCUCUGAGGGCUAUACAAAAUUAUACCAUUGACGAUGCGCCCUCCGUCGCCUCUUCGCGCAGAAGUCGUUCGCGACAUCAUUCGGGCCGCAGUCACCAUGCCCGGCAGUACUACGACGACGACUAUGAAUAUGAGCAAGACCGCGGUUCCGUUGCGUCGCGCCCGGACUCUUACUAUAACCGACCGCAGGACCUGGUCCGUCGGCACACCCAUCAUGAUAUCGUCACGCGGGGUCCCGAAGCUCGGCCGACAACUAGUCGCUCAAAGUCUGAUGCACAAAUCGACAUGGACCUGGCGUACGGCGACUACAAUCCUCACUCAUUGGCCAAGGCUCCGCCACAACAAAACCAACUGCAGAAGAUUGAGGACCCGGAACUGAGCGGUCUAGUAAACCGCGCACAGUGGCUCAUGGAGGAAGCUAACUGUGUGCACCACAGUGCCACAGCCACGAUUGCUCAUCUUCAAAAGAAUCCCGAUGCCAUGGCUGCAGUUGCACUCACUCUAGCCGAGAUCAGUAACAUUGCCUCGAAGAUGGCCCCGGCCGCACUUUCGUCACUCAAAUCGGCAGCCCCUGCUGUUUUCGCACUGCUUGCCAGCCCGCAGUUUCUCAUCGCCGCCGGUGUUGGUCUCACUGCGACAAUUGUCAUGUUUGGUGGUUACAAAAUCAUCAAGCAGAUGUCCGGCAAUGGUAACGAAGUCAGUCGAGGACCAGAUCGCGACCCCGGCCCUAGACCGAGUGAGUCCGUCGGUAUGGAUGACAUGGUAGAGAUCAACACCGAAUGCCUCAGCGGUGUUGAAAUGUGGCGACGAGGUGUCGCCGAUGCAGCUGAUGAAAGCAUCGGCACCUCUGUCGAGGGUGAAUUCAUCACCCCAACUGCUGCUAUGAUGUCCGGCGUCGAUGUUACCACUGCACGCAUGAUGCGGGAUCCUCGUUUCAAGUUCGAUGACGAGGAAUCGAGGGCAUCGUCUCACCGGUCUCACCGUUCACGCCCCCCAAGAUCUCGCGCGCCUACCCGAGUGGACGAAAGGCCAGAGUCCUACGUGGCUUCCAAGGCACCGACUAAGUCCUUCUUCGGUAUUCCAUCGAAAGCGCCAUCUAAGGCCCCAUCUAGGGCGCCGUCGAGAGCCCCAAGCAAGGCGCCAUCGAAGGCACCCUCCCGAGCUCCAUCUAGGGCUCCUUCCAGAGCUCCGUCGAAGGCGGACUCCCACCAUUCACAUCACUCUCACCACUCUCACCACUCAGACCGGGACGCGCAACCCAAAGAGAAGAAGAAGCGAUCCAGCAGGUUGCGACUUAUGUUUACGGCUUGAACUUGGAAUAUCCCAUUUUAUAUCUCCCAACGACAGCAUAUGACCGCUAUUGUAUACGUCACUGUACAUAUUUUAUUUGAUUCCCUUAUGACACGUCAUUAGCAAAGACCAUCACAUGACCGACGGAUACCAGUACGAAGUUGUUUCACGGUCGACCUUUUCUUUCUCAUCAUUUCUUUUCUAUCUCUCCUAGUUCUCUUAUGCCGGACCAAGUCUGGAACCACCUGUUAUAUAGUGAUUGCAUCAUACGGCGUUGGAAUGAUACUCUAUAAGUUCAAGCACACUCUAGAUCGGAGGGUAUUUGUUUAUCUUCGAUAGAUUCUCCUAUCUGGAUAUACACAGAUUGCAUGUCGAUACAGCACCAAAGGUUCUUUAAAAUAGUUCAAAUAAACAAUUCAAAACGAGAAUAUCC